AUGGUCCGAUUCGGCCGGAGCAAGAAGAAGACGAAGGAACCGUACCAUGAACACGAUGCUGACACAGACAUCACUGUUCCAUUGCCUCUUUCAGGUCCAGGUCUUUUCCCUCGAAAACACGCUCCUCGUAUUAGUUUGCCCCAUGUGGACACUACGUUUUUAAAUAUGCAUCAGGCCAACGGUUUAUUUGAUUCCAAGUCGUCGGAGGAACAGAAUGGGGCGACGGUGAUUGAGUCUACAGAUCAAUCGAUCUCCCUCUCUCCCAAUCCGCCCCUCUCUCCUAAUCCUUCGAACGGCGACGCCCACUCCGCAAACGGCGACGCUUCAACGACAGAAUGGUCUUCCGCGGUCGGGCACGCAACGACAGGCAAAUCUGGUCGGGUUAUUCACGCUCUCCAGGAGGAUAUCGCCCGCCUAACGCGCGAAUGUGGCGUCCACCGGUCCAAGGCCGAAGAGGCGCAGACCUUGAACGAUACCCUCAAGACCCAGGUACAGAAUAUCGGCGAACGCCUCCGGAAUCUCGAAGUAGCGAACGAAACGAACCUCCAGUCGAUUUCGCGCAAAGACCAAAAGAUGAAAGAACUACGGGCGGAGGCGCAGAGCGAAAAGGAACGAAGACAAAAGGCGGAGAAUACGGCCAACAGGACCGACCAAUUGAUGACUGAAGCGCGCGACAAUUAUAAUCGGAAAGUUGCUGAAUUACAAGAAAUCGCCAAUUAUUCAAAGACCCAAUACGACGUGCUUGCCCAGUCUGGAAACCGAGAUCGGUCAGAGCAACAGAGGAGAUUCAAGACCAUUCGCGACGACUAUAUCGCUCUCAAAACCGAACAUGACAAAAGAAUCGGGGAUCUGGAACGGCUGGAUACUAUCCUCGCGGAGAAAGACCAUGAAAUCGAAGCUAGCCGGGAGAGAUUCACCAAACUUUUUGAGACCUACGAAGCGUAUAAAAAGGCAAGAGAGGAAGAGAUGGGAAGGUUAAUCGAGAACGGCUAUCGGAAUGAAGCCAAGAUCGACACGACUCUCGCUACAAUGAAAGAAACAGAAGGGCGCAUGAAAUGGGUCAUUCAAGUCAGCGAAGGGUUGAGAGAUUCCUCACGGAAAGGAGAGAAGCAAUGA